AUGGACAACGGGGUGGAGAUAUCUACAAAGACGGUGUACGACGAACAGAACGCGACGAUAUCAUCUUCUUCAUCUUCAUCUUCUUUGAAAAAGAAAUCGAGGCUACCUCAAGUGACGAUAACUGGAGGCGUGUUUGACUUGUUCGCGUUAGCGGUAGCGUUAGUACUCGACCAAGAAGAAGACAAAGAAGAAGACGUAAACGUAGCUAUUCUUGGAUUGGGCGCCGGAACCUGCGCGCGGUUAAUCGAUGACUUGUACCACUCGUCGAAUAAGAGAGUGAAGAUGUUUGGGUACGAAUUGGACGAUGCGAUCGUUGAUUUAGGGAUGAAACAUUUCGGUCUGAACGAAUUGAAAGAGAAAGGGUCGUUGGUGGACGUGCGCGUCGGAGACGCGCUCGAGAAUAUCAAGACGAAGAAGAGCGACGCGGACGAUACUGUCAAGUUUGAUUUAAUCAUCGUCGAUUUAUUCGACGACCAAAGUCGCGUCAUCCCUCAACUGAUGGAAGUAGAACGAUGGGAGAACAUAUCGAAGCGCUUGAAAAAUCCUCCGUCUUCUUCUUCUUCUUCUUCGAACGAAAACGUGAGCCGAGUUAUUUGCAACUUAUCCACCGGUAGGGGUCGAGGCGCAAACAUAAACAACGCGGUGCACGUCGCAGAACUCAUCGCAGAGACGUGCGGAAACGGCGACGUCUCGAUUUGGCCGUCAAGCAAAAUGAACGUUUGGAACGAGUGUUGCAUAUCCGGACCGAAACCGUCGUUUGGGGUAGAUACGACGCCGAAAGUGUUGGCGACGUAUUGUCCGCACUGGAUUUCAACGAGCAAGUACGUCAAAAACAAAAACAGUUCCAGUAACGAAACUGAUGAGGAUGGUGACGAUAAAGACGACGACGACGACGAUAUUCCUAUGAAUGGAUGGUUAUUAGAUAGACUUCAAGGUCGAUGA